GACGCUGCUUGUGCUCAGGGCGGCCUCUUGUGGCCUGGCGCUUGGGCGAAGUCUAUGGGCCGGCCUCCCCAUCGACCAGACAGCCCGCGGAGCCUUAAACCCUCUUAAAGUCCCUUAGCCACAUCCAGGUGGUUCCCAGUGGUGCCCGAUGCGUGUUUCCACCCAUCGGAAGCUCUUCUGCGCUCAAUUUCCGGAUGCUUACGGGAAGGAGCUCUUUGAAAAAGCCAACAAGCACCACUUCUUUCACAGCCUGGCAUUGUUAGGGGUGCCCCACUGCAGAAAGCCCCUCUGGGCCGGUUUACUGCUAGCCUCGGGAACCACCUUAUUCUGCACCAGCUUUUACUACCAGGCUCUGAGUGGAGACCCCAGCAUCCAGACUUUGGCACCUGCGGGAGGGAGCCUGCUACUCUUGGGCUGGCUUGCUUUGGCUCUUUGAGUAAUUACUGGGUUCUCUGGGUAAUUUUUUGAGAAUUGGAGCAGGAAGGAGGAUUAAAAGAGAAAGGCAAAGAA